AUGGAGCUGAACCAGACAUCCCCCUCUCCCACAUCACCUGUGCCAGAGACCGACGGAGACGACCUGUGCGGGAUUGAGGUCACUGAUAUGGCUGUAGAUGCUGUCACACUGCUCGUCUCCCUCUGUGGGCUGAUGGGGAACGGGGCCGUCCUCUGGCUCCUCGGCUUCCGCAUCUGCAGGAACCCUGUCACUGUCUACGUCCUCAACCUGGCUGUCGCAGACUUCAUUUUCCUCCUCCUCAUGGUCACCUCAGCCCUCCUCUACGUGAUGGAGAACAUCUCCUGCUCCGCUCUUGUGUCCCGGACAUACAAGAGGUCGUUCCUCCUGCUCUCACUGUUCUCCUACAACAUGGGCUCCUACCUCCUGACGGCCAUCAGCAUCGAGAGGUGUGUGUCCAUCCUUUGCCCGCUCUGGUACCGCUGCCACCGUCCCCAGCGCUUGUCGGCCGUGGUGUGUGCCUUGUUCUGGGCCCUCUCCAUCGCCUUCAUUGCUGCAGUGACUUCUCUGUGCCUGUCACACGAGCAUGAGCACUGCCGCGUGGCUCUCAUCUCCAUGUACGUCCUCAACUUCACUAUUUUUGCCCCACCCAUGGUCAUUUCCAACGUGAUCCUGUUCGUUAAGGUCCUGUGUGGCUCCCGGCGACGUCAACCCAAGAGGCUCUACAUUGUUAUUUUCCUCACCGUCCUCUUCUUUCUCAUCUUUGUGGUUCCCCUCAGCAUCUGGAAUUUCCUGCAGCAGUUUAACUACACGGCCGUGCCUUCCCAGGUUGUUUUCCUGCUCGCCUGCAUCAACAGCAGCAUCAACCCCUUCAUCUACUUCUUGGUAGGGAGCUACCGGAGGCGCUGCUCCUUGGUGUCCCUCCAGGUCGCCUUCCGGAGGGUCUUCGAAGAGACGGGGGUCACCACGGUCUCCAGCUAA